AUGCAGUGUUGGCGCAUCAGCGCUAUUCGGCAGACUUCCGAACUACUCCGUUGUUUGCUCUGUGGACGUGUCAAUCUCGAUAGCGGUUCUGGGCCGGGAGUGAUGGCGCAUGUGCUCGUGGGCGAUUAUCAUUCGAGUGGAUUUGAUUUUUAUCCUGAACAGAUCUGGGGUCCGGUUUUUCUGGGUCUGCAG